CCUACAGGUGGCAAAAAUUUAAUUCCACUUGAAAAAUAAAAAAAAAAAAUAAAAAUGGUUAGUUUAAAUGAACACUGUGGUGGAAUGAGGUAUCGUCGUUCAAUUGAAUGGACAAAUAUAUCAUACAUAAACUAUAACAAUAGCAAUACAACAACAACAACAAAUGGUAUAUAUUCAUAUGAAACAAUUGAAUAUGAUGAAGAAGCAUCAGCAUGUAGUCCAGUAUAUUUUAUACUUGAUAUAUUUCAUUUGUAUUAUAUACCAUUUAUAAUAUCAAUUGGUUUAGUUGGUAAUUUAUUAUCAUGUAUUGUAUUUUUGAAUACUCAUUUAAAAAUGCGUAGUUCGUCAUAUUAUUUAGCAGCAUUAGCAACAGCUGAUUUUGGUUUUUUAAUAGCAUUAUUAUUUGUAUGGUUAAAUAGUCAAAUUGGUUGGCAAGUAUUUAAUGAAGAUGGAUGGUGUGAAGUACUUGUUUAUAUAUCAGCAGUAUGUAGUUCAUUAAGUGUAUGGUUAAUUGUUGCAUUUACUGUUGAACGUUUUAUUGCUGUACAAUAUCCAUUACACAGACCACAUAUGUGCACAACUAAAAGAGCCAAAACAAUUGUUGUUGUACUUAUUGGUUUAUCACUUAUUUGUCAUUCAUAUGCAUUUUUUACUGCUGGUGUUGUACAUCAUCAAGGUGACAAUGAUAGUGGUACAUGUGAUCUUAAACCACAACAUCUUGAAGCUAUGAGAAUUAUUAGUAUUAUUGAUACUAUUGUCAGUCUUAUAUUUCCAUUAAUAUUAAUUGUUGUUAUGAACACAAUGAUUACAAGAAAUUUAUUUAAAUUCAGCCGAAGAUUUAAAUCAACAACAAGUGAUAAUGGAGUUACUAUUUCUAAUCAAUUUCCAUCGAGGGAUAGAUCUGAUAUUAAUCUCAAUCAAAUACCGAGUGGAAGUAGUAGUAAUAAUGGAAUUAAAUUAGGAUCAAUAGGAACUGGUCGUCGUGCUGGUUCACAACAAUCAUUUCAUUCAUCAAAAAAUAAUCAUAGUUCACAUAAUUCAUCUGGAAGUGUUGCUGGAAUACCAGCAAUUACAGUAACACCAAUGGUACCAGUUGUUCCAUCAUCAUCAUCAACAGCACCACCCAGAAAUAUUGCAUAUCAAAUUCCAGAAUCAACUUCACGAUGUAUUCAUAUCAGAUCAUCCUCGAGAAAUCCUGUAUCAACAAGAAAUCAACAGAGUAUAACUAAAAUGCUUCUACUUAUCAGUACUGUUUUUAUUCUUCUAAAUCUUCCCAGUUAUGUCAUACGAUUGUGGGUUUUUUUUUUUACUCUUGCUAGAAAAGAUAGACCAGCUUCAUUAUGGUGUCUUCAACAAUUUUUUAUGCUUCUUUAUUAUACAAAUUUUAGCAUAAAUUUUCUUUUAUAUGCUAUGUGUGGAAUAACAUUUCGUCGUUGUCUUCAACAACUUCUUAGAAAAAAUCUCAAAAAAAUUACCAGAUACAUUGGAAGACGACGAAGGGAUUCAGAAAGUUCGUAAACACCCAUUUACAAAAGACAUCUCAAUAUAUCUUUCCAUUUUAUCCAAAAAAAAAUUGAUGUAAAUCGUUUAGCUGUAUAGGUCGAUAAGCAAAAAACUGAGUGUAAAAAAAAAACCACAUAUGUAGAAAAUACGAAAUAUUUUAUUUCCAUUUCUAUCACGGUUAAACCACUUUUUUUUUUCUCUUCUUUUCUUUUCGAAUAUCCAUAUUCAAACUAAACAUAUAUACGAGCUUAAAUUUUUUAUCUCUAGUAUAAAAAAAAAGCUUCAAGUAUCAGUGCUCAGAGUCUGAGAGACAAUUGAGAAAAGUUUCACAGACAAUUUACCCAUGUACCUGCGAUAAUUUAUAAUUUUCUACUUUUUUUUAUUUUAUUUUUUUCCUUUUUAAGGUGUUAAACAUUAUUUAUUGUUAUUGUAAAACAUUUUCAGUUACAAAUGAAAGUAUAUAGACCAUUU